AUGUUCUCCCAUCAACGGGAGGAAGGGUCGGGCAAAGGACGCGAGAAUGGAGAAGGAUCCUCUUACAUCAACUCUCGAGGAUCUGCGGGUGGAGGAUUCACUGCACCAAAAAUAACAAAGUUAGAUUUCCCAAGCUAUAAUGGCAUGGAUGAUCCAAUCGGGUGGAAUUGUCGUAUGGAGCAAUUUUACGAUUUUCACCAAACUGAGGAAGCAGAUAAAUUGCCAUUGGCGGGGUAUCAUUUGGAUGGGGAUGUCCAACUAUGGUACCAAAGUUUUAAGGCGAGGCGAGAAGGCGUGAACUGGGAAGUCUUCAAAUAUGAACUCCAUCUUCGUUAUGGACCAUCGCGGUACCAUAAUUUUUUUGGAGAUCUCACGAAGCUUAAGCAAACAGGGAGUGUUCGUGAUUACCAAAUGGAGUUUGACCGAUUAUUACACCGAGUAGGAUCUCUUUCCAAGGGACAACAAGUGGGAUGCUUUAUUAGCGGCUUGAAGGAAAGUUUGCGUGUUGAUGUCCAAGCAUGCAAUCCAGUAUCCUUAUCUGCCACCAUUGGGCUUGCACACCUAUACGAGUCAAGGCUUAUCGACCAAUGUAGAAGUGGGCUCUCAGAGUUUAGGAAGGCCCCCACGACUCCCGGGCCUUCUCCUAUACCUUCGGCAUCACUCACACGGGCACACAACCCCGUCAUAAAAAGACUAAGUCCAACAGAAUUGCAAGAUCGGAGAUCUCGUGGGCUUUAUUUCAAUUGUGACGAGAAAUUCUCGCCGGGACAUCGAUGUAAGAAAUUAUUUUUCAUCGAAGGCAUAUUCCCUUCUUCGGAGGAAUCCGAGGAUGAAGUAAUUGCGGAGGAAGAGCUUGAAACCAAUAUACCUGAAAUUAGCUUCCAUGCUAUUUCGGGAACGUCAAAUCCAAGAACCAUACGUUUACUUGGCAAGAUUGGGGGUAUCCCAAUUACUAUUUUGAUAGACUCUGGUAGCACCCAUAAUUUUCUUAAUUCUAAGGUGGCUUCCAAAGUGGGAAUCAAGGCUACAAAACCAGGGGCAUUUUUAGUACAAGUGGCAAAUGGCAACAAAAUGAAGAGUGAAGGGUUAUGCAAAUCCACGUGUUUCACCGUCCAAAAAAUUGAUUUCCAAGUUGAUGUUUUCCUUCUACCAGUGGAAGAAUUUUGGGCAGCAGUUAAAGAAGGGAAGUCGUGCUUUUUUGCUCCAAUUAAACUCCCUGAAUCUUGGAGAAAAGCAAGUGAAUUAGCAGGGCACAUUAAAUCCAGAAUUGCUGGCCAUUUUGAGUCAUUAGUCGGAUAUUUUCAUGGAGACUCAAUGACUGCCACCUCAACGUAUCCAAGAUUACAAAAUCCAUUGGAACAAGGAACUAAUCCAAUUUCGGUGAGACCGUACCGUUACCCGCAUUAUCAAAAAAAUGAGACAGAAAAAAUAGUUCAAGAAUUGUUAUCAACCGGUGUGGUGAGGCUUAGCACAAGUCCAUAUUCCUCGCCCGUUUUAUUGGUCAAGAAACAUGACGGAUCAUGGAGGCUUUGUGUAGAUUAUCGGGCUCUCAACAACAUCACUAUUAAGGAUCGCUAUCCAAUUCCCAUCAUCGAUAAGCUUUUGGACGAAUUACAUGGGGCCCAAUUUUUUACAAAAUUGGAUCUACGGUCAGGGUACCAUCAAAUCCGCAUGUACUCGGGUGACAUCAAAAAAACUGCUUUUCGCACACAUGAAGGCCACUACGAAUUUCUAGUCAUGCCGUUUGGUCUCACGAAUGCACCAGCAACCUUUCAAAGCGUCAUGAAUGAGGUAUUUAAGGAUUUCCUUCGAAAAUUCGUUUUAGUAUUUUUCGAUGAUAUCCUUAUUUUUAGCAAAUCUUGGGAUGAGCAUUUAAUUCAUGUAGAGCGUGUUUUUCAUACAUUAAGGGCUAAAAAAAAUUUUGUUAAGCGGGAAAAAUGUCAAUUUGGCCAAAAAGAGGUUGUAUAUUUGGGCCAUAUAAUCUCUAUACAAGGCGUAGCCAUGGAUCCCGAAAAAAUAUCCUCCAUAAAUUCAUGGCCCAAACCGACCACAUUAAAGGCAUUGCGUGGAUUUUUGGGGCUCACCGGUUAUUAUAGGAAAUUUAUUCACAACUAUAGGAUGAUUGCUCAACCUUUGACCGAAUUGUUGAAGAAUGAUUCCUUUAAAUGGAAUGAAGCAGGUAAUGGAGCUUUUGAGAAAUUAAAACAGGCCAUGGCAACUGGUCCUGUUUUAGCAUUACCAGAUUUUUCUCAACAAUUUAUUGUGGAGUACGAUGUAUCAGGAAUUGGCUUGGAAGCAGUGCUCAUGCAACAAGGACGACCAAUUGCAUUUUUUAGCCAGGCAUUGCAUGGAAAAAAUCUAGCUUUAUCUACCUAUGAGAAAGAGAUGCUUGCAUUAGUCAAGGCAGUUCAAAAAUGGCGGCCCUAUCUCUUAGGCACCAAGUUUACUGUUCGCACUGACCAAAAGAGCUUGCAAUAUUUGUUGGGUCAAACAAUAACUACGGUGGCUCAACAAAAGUGGUUAGUCAAACUAUUGGGGUUUGAUUUUGAAAUUCAUUACAAAAAGGGGAAGGAAAAUUCAGCCCCUGAUCACUAG